CUAGAUCGUCUUCUCUUUCCUCUUCCUCCUCAACUCUGUAGCGCAGACAAAUGCUCGUUUCCGCUCACUCGUCGCCGUGAUCACCGCGACGACCUCCUCUACCUCUCCUUAAUCGGAUUCCGUUCGACUACCUGAUUUUUGACCUGGAAAAGGAAGGAUUCUGGCGCUGUUUUUUCGCCUUCGGAUUAUGGCAUCUGAGGAUGUGAAGACCAGCGACUCUGCAGUUUCGAAGAUCGUGAAUCUCGCAGGAGAAGCGAAGCUCGCCAGUGAAGGAGUUAAAGCUCCGACUUACGCCGUUCAAAGUAUCGUCAAGUCUCUCAUUGCCGGUGGCGUCGCUGGUGGAGUUUCACGUACUGCUGUUGCUCCCUUGGAGAGAUUAAAAAUUUUGCUCCAGGUUCAGAAUCCUCAUAGUAUAAAAUACAGUGGAACGAUCCAGGGUUUAAAAUAUAUUUGGAGAACUGAGGGUUUCCGAGGAAUGUUUAAAGGCAAUGGUACUAAUUGUGUUCGCAUCAUCCCAAACUCAGCAGUGAAGUUUUUUAGUUAUGAGGAAGCAUCCAAGGGUAUUCUGUGGCUUUACCGGAAGCAAACUGGAAAUGAGGAUGCUCAGCUCACUCCACUUCUACGUCUUGGGGCUGGUGCUUGUGCUGGAAUUAUUGCCAUGUCAGCCACGUACCCCAUGGAUAUGGUCCGGGGCCGUCUAACGGUCCAGACUGACAAGUCUCCUCGCCAGUAUAGAGGAAUCUUCCAUGCUCUUUCAACUGUCCUUAAAGAAGAAGGGCCACGUGCUUUGUACAAAGGCUGGCUUCCUUCUGUGAUUGGAGUUGUACCAUAUGUAGGUCUAAACUUUGCUGUGUAUGAAUCUCUGAAAGACUGGUUGAUAAAAAGUAAACCAUAUGGGCUAGUUGAGGACUCCCAGUUGAGUGUCACCACAAAGCUUGCAUGUGGGGCUGCUGCUGGAACUGUUGGCCAGACAGUUGCUUACCCUCUUGACGUCAUUCGGAGGAGAAUGCAGAUGGUAGGCUGGAAAGAUGCUGCUUCAGUUGUUACUGGCUAUGGGAAGAUUAAAGCACCAAUUGAAUAUGCUGGUAUGGUAGAUGCGUUCAGGAAAACAGUCAGGCAUGAGGGAUUUGGAGCAUUAUACAAGGGCUUAGUUCCCAAUUCAGUCAAGGUGGUCCCAUCAAUAGCAAUUGCAUUCGUCACAUACGAGUUGGCGAAGGACAUCCUCCAAGUUGAAUUUAGGAUAUCUGACUAAACGAACCGUAAGACUUUUAUUGAUCCUUUUAUGUUCAUCUCGCGAGCAGAAUUAUUAGAAAAGUUAUACCAUCAGAAAUUAUAUUUAGUUAGAAGCCUUCUUUUAGGUAAUCUCUGUUCCUUGCAUCUUAGUAUUUUAGCUGAUUCGUAUAUAUUAUAAAUGAAUAUCAGAAAAUAAUGCAGUUAAUAAGAGCCUUACCGUAUU